GGAAUGAAGAAGUUACCAUGAGAGGUCUUUUGUAUGUGGCUAAUAUAAUAUAAUGAUUGAAAUUAAAGUUCACAGUAAGAAGAACCAAAUACUAGACCCUUAACUCAUGAAACUUUCAUUACAUAAAGUGAUUUUAAGCAGGACAAAAGACAAUGGUCCCUUGUCAUUCAGACUCUGUAGAUUGGUUGUAAUUACUGAAAGAGAUACCAGGUGACAGAUUCAGCCUGCUUAGAGUUUCAGGUUCAUGAAUUUACAAACACAAAUGUGCAGGACCAAAUCUGAAAGAUUUCAAUAUUUUCAAAGGAAUCAAAGAUUAAAAGGAAUGGAAAAGUUUGACCAAGUAAGAAAAGAUAUUAGCAGUAUAUAGGGAAAGAUAUGUCACGAUUUUCUUCUUAGAACUGGAAGACCAGGAUUAACUGUAGAAUUCAAUCAAACCAGGUAAACAGUUUGUUAUCUUACCUGGCUAUAGUAAUCUUAAACGCCACCUCGACAUUACUGGUAUGUCUAUAGAAGAUAUGUGUGGGCCUAUCUCAACAGGACUUAGUGGUGAUGUGGCACACUAUCAGUGAAAGAUAUGACACAGUUUUGACGUGAUGUCACGGACUUAACCUGAUUUUGUAGUAAAUUUAUAGUGUUGAAUUUACAAACAGUUACAAUAGAAUAGGACUUAAUUGUGCAGAAAUCCAGAUUCUUCUCUUGUCAUCAGUUUUACCAGCAUCAUGACAUUAUAAUAACCACAACGUUUUUCAUUCCAAGGUGCUAAAUUAAGACAAUGGCGAGUUUCUUCCGUCGAAAGAAAGGACUUAUAUUCAAAUUUGUGAUAGGUGUACCAAUAUUAUGGUUUGCUACAGUGUUGCUUAUGACAUAUCAGGGAUCUUGGUCUCAAGACAGUCGUGUUGACACAGAGAAACGGAACAUUGAACCAGGCAUAAAUGCUCAGCAUGUGCCUGUGAACCGACAUGAUGAUUUUAGAGGUCAUGAUCGGAACAUUCACCAAGAGGAGCAUCAAAGACUUGCAAGGAAAAUGGAGGAAGAAAAAUUAAUUAGAGAAAGAGAAGAGAGAGAAAAAAGAAAUAUUGAAUUAAUGGAAAGACAAAAAGUGGAAGAAAUUAAACAUAAUCCAGUUUUGAAAUUUCAGUCAGGAGAAAAAGUAGAGAAAAUCAAAGUUGAUCCAAAUGCUCCAGGAGAACAAGGGAGAGCAGUAGAUAUAAAUAAAGAUAGCCUGAGUCCAGAGGAAAGGAAGAAGUAUGACGAUGGAUGGCAGAGAAAUGCCUUUAAUGAAUAUGCCAGUAAUAUGAUCUCAUUACACAGAAGUCUGCCAGAUGUCCGCGAUGAAGAAUGUAAAACCCAGAAAUACCGAGAUAAUUUACCAGACACCAGUGUUGUUGUAUGCUUCCAUAAUGAAGCCUGGAGUGUUCUUUUGAGAACUGUUCACAGUAUUAUAGACAGGUCUCCGCCACAUUUGUUAAAGGAGGUCAUCUUGGUGGAUGAUUUCUCAGAUAUGGAUCAUUUAAAGAAGCCUUUAGAAGAUUAUGCAGCAAAACUUAAGAAAGUGAAGGUAGUACGCACUAAACAACGUGAAGGAUUGAUACGAGCUCGUUUAUUAGGAUAUUCAGCUUCUACAGGAACAGUGCUCACAUAUCUAGAUUCACAUUGUGAAUGUGCUGAAGGCUGGCUUGAACCUUUAUUAGACAGGAUAGCAGAAAAUAAAUCUAUAGUAGUUUGUCCUGUCAUUGAUGUAAUUGAAGAUUCUUCCUUCAAAUUUCAAUAUGGCAGUGCUAAAAGUACAAGUGUUGGAGGUUUUGAUUGGAAUUUACAAUUCAACUGGCACUCCAUCCCAGAACACGAACGUGAAAGGCGUCAUUAUAAGGAUUAUGCCCCUGUCAGGUCCCCCACAAUGGCAGGAGGAUUGUUUUCUAUAAGUAGAGAAUACUUUACACAUUUAGGAACAUAUGAUCCAGGCAUGGAUAUAUGGGGAGGAGAAAACUUAGAACUGUCUUUUAGGAUAUGGAUGUGCGGUGGUACAUUAGAGAUAGUUCCAUGUUCUCAUGUUGGUCACAUUUUCCGUAAAAGAUCCCCGUACAAAUGGAGGACAGGUGUCAAUGUUGUGAAGAAAAAUUCUAUACGAUUAGCUGAAGUUUGGAUGGAUGAAUACAAAAAUUAUUAUUAUGAACGAUUUAAUUAUGAUUUAGGAGAAUAUGGUGAUGUGACUGAAAGAAAAGCAUUAAGGAAGAGUUUAAAUUGUAAAAGUUUUGAUUGGUUUGUCAAGAAUAUAUAUCCAGAUUUGUUUGUACCAGGGGACUCUAUAGCAUCAGGGGAGAUAAGAAGUAAAGCUAAACCAAUGUGUGUUGACAGUUCAGUUGAUUCACAUAAUAUGCAUAAACCAGUCAACAUGUGGCCUUGUCAUAACCAGGGUGGCAAUCAGUAUUGGAUGUUAAGUAAGACUGGAGAGAUAAGGAGAGAUGACGGUUGUCUUGACUUCUCGGGUGGCGAAAGCGUGAUUAUCUACCCUUGUCAUAGUCAGAAGGGUAACCAACAGUGGGAAUUCAGAGAGGACAAUACGAUUUUUCAUUCUAAUACACAGAAAUGUAUGGAAGUUUCAUUAGAUGGACAAAAAUUAUUAAUGAAAUCUUGUACUGGGAUAGAUAGACAGUUAUGGCAAUGGAAAAGAAAAAAACAAUAACACAUGCUGUGACUAGAAUUUUAAUGAAUUAAUCACCAUGAAAAUCCAGUCAUUCUCAUGGAUCAUUAACUGCCAAGGUUUACCGGUCUACAUUUAUUCAUUUAUUUGGGUUGGCUAUAUCAUUGAGUUUGUAAAUAUCAUUUUGUAGUAAAUUAGUCCCCAUUUCAUGAGGCCAUCAUUAAAGUAAGAGCCUUAUGAUAAAGUGUGUUUUACAGUGGUGACUGCUAAAAUCACAGAGAUACUGCUCUUAGUAUACAGUAACAAAGAAACAUUAUAAGAGGAAUUGUCUCUCUUGAGGGGAGCCAUAUAAUUUGGGGGAAUUCUGUAUAUAAAUCAUUUACUUUAGUGGUUAAGAAAUUAUGGGUUUGAAAUCUCAGUUGAUUAUAGUUGAAACUUAGAUUUAUAUUUAAAUAUUUUAUCAUAUUUAACUAAUCAUACAUGAAACUAAAAAAAUCGUCUUAAAAAAGUAGUUCACAAUAUCUACCUUUUUUUUUAACAUUUGACCUAGCUGUAAAAACUAAGAUAAAUACUGGACUUUAGAAUGCAGGUUCAGCAAUUAAUACUUCAUUCACAUAAUUAGUAUUAAGAUCUCAUUUGAAAAUAUAAAUGACUUAGUCUUUGUAAGUGAAUACAGGCACUUUAGAGUCUACAAUUCCUUCCUUUCAUGUGAUGUAAAUUUCAUAAUGCAUUUGGAUAUUUUUAGUUCAGAUAUUUCUGAUAAUCAAAUGAAUGUGUGUAAAGUCAACUAUUUGCAAAAGAAUUCCAGUUUAGUCCAACGAAAGUGAUCACAUGGUGUCAAGUGUUUGGUCCUAAUCUGCUGUGCAGAGAAGAAAUGCAUGAGUAGAAUUACUUUUUUUUCUUUCUACUUAAUAUAUGGUGCAUAUACUUAAAUACUUCAGUUUAUUGUUAUUGUACAUUUAUAUGGAAAUUUAUUUUAGAUUGUUGUAUUAUUUCUACUGUUCUGCAUAUUACACACAGAAUGUGAUUAUUAUAUACGCUAGUAUCAGGCUGAUUGGUAUAAAAACACAUUCUUUUGUAAAUGUAAAUUUCUACAUCUAAAAUUUGUCAAUUUUUGAAUGAAAAGGGCUUAUCCUGAAUGUCAUGUACAUCUUUAAAAGGGAGACAUCAUUUUAAAAAAACUUGUUGCAAGUGAAAAUGGAUGUUGAACUGAUUAUUAAAUCCUCAGAGAAGACUUACAGAAAUUCUUCAUAGUAAUUAAACUGGUCAUUCUAUCAGACAAAAUCCUUUUAUUACAAAACCAUAUCACACCUCAGACUACAUUUUUAGUCUACAUAUAGGUAUUUUACAUUGUACUGUGAAUGACAUUCAUUCAAAAAGUAUAGAGUUGAUAAAUACAAGUAUUUUGUCUUAUUAUUAUUAACCCUUGCUUCACCUUGUCCCUGCUUUCUACAUAUAUAAUGUUCCUCUUUUGUUAUUUGUUUAUUAUUUCAUAUAUGUUAAACUUGUUAAUAAUCAAAACAAGGUUUCAUCUGAAUGUUCUUUAGUAUGUCCUUGAGCUUGUUAUUAAGUAGUCCUGUAAAUGAAUGGUCCUUAGUAUUAAAGAAGUUUGCCUUUAGACAGUAAUUCAAACCAUGGGUACACACAGGCACUGCUAAAAUACAAGUCGAAUUAAUCCAAGGUUUUCCAACGGAGAGGGUCAAAAUAGAACAAUAGAAAUGUUUGAAUUUUCUUGAACAGGUUCCCUUUUAGAUCCCUCUCAAGAUAUUCCACUUCUUAUAGGACAAGAUUUGGUUGUUUAAAGCAGCCUUAAUCUUUGUAAAGAUUUCAAACUGUACUAAAGGCCAUCCCUAUCAUCUGGUCACAUGUCAUCUGCUGUCAUGAAAGUUGAGCUUCUGUUCACAUAGUGGACAAUAAUCUUUUCUAAAGAGACUGUUUUAAGGCUCACCUCUUUGUUAACAAUCUGACAUUAAUCUUUUCUGAAGAGACUGUAUUAGGGCUCAAAUUUUUGUUAACAAUCUAUUCUUUGUUCAUUUGGCGUUAGGACAUUCCAUGAUUGGUGUAAUUUGUUUGGCUGUUGUUUAUAAAAGAAGCUGUGAUGGUUUUUAAUUACAUUCCAAAUUUUAUUUUUGUUGACUGAUUUAUAUAUAUAUAUAUGCUUACUCAGUCUGAAUGUUAUGAGCGUGAUUGUGAAUGGGACACAUUAAACUUACAAUAAUGUCUUGCCAUAUAAGUUUAUAUAUUAUAUAAAUUAGAAAUUAUAUAUAUAUCUGUGAAAUUUUAAAGGAAAUAGUUCACUUUUUAAAACAUUCCUUACAAGAGACAGGUAUACUCUUUCAUCAGUAACCAUUGUCGCUAUUUCACAGGUUUUUAAUGUCCCAAGAGGUUGUUAGAAAGACAAUUCAACAUUUGUUAUCCCUUUUAAAUAAAACAUAUAUAACAUAAGGUUGAUGCAUGUUCUUAAUAUAAAUAAAUGUACUUAAAUAUAUAAGAGACAUAAAAUCACAACGCUGAUGUUUAAUGUGUUUUAAAUUCACUGAACCUUUUUUGUAUUUAGACUUGGCUAGAUGUGUGCUAAGUAUUUGAUAUGAAUUCAAACGUUACACUACAGCAGUGGGGUUGUUUAUGGGUCAUUUUAGAUAGUUAGCUUCCUUAGAUUACCUAGUCAUUGUAAAUGUGGGAAAUUUUUACAUGGUAUACAAAUUCUACAGCAAAUAGUUGUCAAAACUAAUUUGUGUUCAGACAUUAAUGGGAAGAUGUUUGAUACAUUUACUUUCAAUGUUAUAUUUGUGAAAAUGUUUGAAAUGAAGUCCAACAUGAUGUAAGGUUACACUGUUAUAUUAUUGAUGUAAACAUUUUGUCACUUUUACAAUGUAUGAUUUUUUUUCAACAUUGGAAAUCAUGAUUAAAGAAAAGUAACUCAAUUAAUUGAAUAUUUAAAAUUCAACUUUUAAAAAAAAAGAUUGAUUCUUUGCUGUUGAAAGUAUAAGACUGGAUUGUCCAUACAGGAAACCCAUGUCAAAAAUGUAUAUAUUUUUUUAAUUUUAUGUGGGCAUUUGUAUGUAGAAUACUAUUUCAGUAAGACAUGUAUGGCAAUUUUCUUGUUUAAAGAAAUGAGCAUUUAAAAUCAUCUUCCACAUGUGAAAGAAAGCUGCUCUUUCAAAUUGACAGUAAAUCUUUGUAUUAGACUUCCUUGUACAUACCAUAUAUGUUUUAAUGAAACUUUAUUGGAAAGAACUAUCCACUCAUUCAAGUAUUGUAUACAUUUAAGAAAUCCAUAUAUAUUUAUCCUUUAUUAUUUAUUUGAAAUAAAGAGAAAUUAUAGUCAGUUGUCCUUGCAAGCAGUAUUCACCAUGUAAUAUUGAAUGUAUAGUGUUUUGUUAAAGAGUAUACUGAAAUAUUGAAUUUAUUGUGUUUUUUUUAAGAGUACAUGCAAACUAGACACUGAAAUAUUGAAUUUAUGGUAACACUUUGUGUCAGUUGUGUUCUAUGAUUAAGUGAUAUAUUUUAUCCUGCAGCAGUUAUUUCAUCAGUCUAAUUUAUUAAAAGAUUUUUUUGUCUUAUACAUUGACCACCUCUGACAAUAUACAAAAUCAUUUCAUGCCUGGAGCAUGUAGUUUCAUUAACUUUUACGAAAGAAAGUAGGUUUUCACAAUGUUGAAAUUGUUCUGAUAAAUUAAAAAUUGGUAAUUCCUUCUCAAAACUUGCAGGAAAAAUGGAAGAUAUAUAUUGACUUGAAUGUAGGGUUUACUCAUACAGGAAAUGGAACCGUAAUAGUCUUCUGCAUCUUGUAGCGAGUAAAAUGUAUAUUCACAAUCAACUGUUUAUAUAUUGUGAUUUAAACAAUUGUGAUAUUUAGUUAGUAUAUAAGUGGUUAUACAAAAGAUUACUGUUAAAGCGUACAAGUUAUAUUUUGAAUGAUUUUAUACUUCAUGCAUUCCGUUGAUGAAAUAUUUAAAAACAAUGGUGAAAAAGAUAAUCUUUUAUUUACUGACAAAAUAUUGUCUGUGAUGUUCACAGAAAAGAAUUUUUUUUAAACCUGUAAUACCUGUAAAUCUAUUGACAAUCUAAUGUUAAUGUCUGCAUAAUUUGUUCAAAGAUUUAAAAUGUAUUGAAAUAAGGCAAGAGAUGUACAUUUAUCAGAGAUCUUAUUCAUUACUGUUAGGUUUAGAUUUAAAGUUGUAUUUUAAGAUAAGUUUUCCUUGAGACAGGAAAAACAUAUCCUCUGCAAACUUAGUUACAAUCAGUAGAUUCUGAAUUAAUGCAUUCAAUGCCAACUAGCUAAUGUGACCAAUAAACCAAAAUUAGGAAAUGUUGAGAUCUAAGUAUUUCAGUAACAGGCUGCAAUUCCUACUCUCAAAAACAAGCAUUUGGUAUUCUAUUUCAACUUUUUGUCCUGCAGUCAUCUAAUUUUCUAUUUGAAAUAAAUUAAUGGAAUAUUGUUUUUGAUAUUGUACUUAUUGUAAGAGUGAAUUUAUCAAACAGUAUACUUACAAUGUUAAAAAAUGUAAAAUUUAUUGUAUGGCCUAAAAAAUAGGAAUAAACUUGGCAAGCCUUGCUUUUCCUCCUGUUUAUAAAGCACAUACAAAUAAAUGUUUUAUUUUUGAAAAAAUAUAUAUCUUGUAUAUACUUAAUCGACACAUGGACACAGUAUGAAUACGUUACACAAGUUUGUCAUAAUUGUAAGAUUAAUUUUUUGUUGAAUUGAUAAAAAGUGUGGAUAUGUCUGAAUGUGAUAAAAGUGUAUACUGAUAAAACUGAUCUGUGCCUUCAAAAUAAAAAUAUACACAAUUCAA